AUGCCAGAGCUGCCAGCAGUUGAGCGGGCUCGUCGUAUGAUCGAUGCCUUAUGUAAGAGCUAUAGACGGAUAAACGUUCAAUCCGCACCCGAUCCGAAACAUGCCUCUGAGUUUGUGGACAAGCUUUUCGAAGGCAGGCUGGGGCUGGACCUGCUCGAGCGACGUGUCUGCGUAGGUCAUGUGCUGCGGCAACUUGGCCGUCACGGCAAGAACCUGUGGUUUGAGUUCGACGAACCUCCCCACGUUUUCGUCCGCUUUCGAAUGGCUGGCUCUUUCGUGGUUCGUGGUCACGAAGACGGCUACGUUUAUGAGACUUUUCGCCGACGUACUGCCGCCUGUCGGUUCCACGACUCAGGAACGCCCCUCGUCUCAGUCUGGCCACCGAAGCAUACACACAUUGUUUUUAGUUUUGCUCCCUGCUCCCCAGGAGUAGAUUCUGCCAGUAUAAACGGUAUCUCUGUCCGAGAGUUCGCGCUGGUCGACCCGCGAAAGGUUACGAGGAUGCGCCUCAGCGACUCGUCGUGUCCUUCUGUCGAGAUUCGAAGCCUCAUAGGAGGCUUCGAUGCGCUGCAUGCGCUCCCUCCUAUUGAGCGCUUCGAAAGGAAAAUGUUAGUGUACCCGAAAGCGAAUAUCAAAUCGUUGCUUUUGGGCCAGCGCUUCAUCGCUGGGCUCGACAAUUGGAUGGUCGACGAAGUUCUUUAUUACGCUCAUAUUCACCCGGAGAGUCGCACUUGUGACCUCACUCGUAUCGAUGUUGCAGCAUUGCAUCAGAGCAUCGCAUAA